CGGAAGGUGACAUCACCGGAAGUUUUGCUCCCCGCCACGCAGAGCGGGAACACGGGCUUUUAUUAGCACUUAAACGCGGACAGCAGCUGCCGUUCUAAAGCCAGCAAGCUGGUCGUGUUCUAUCCGCAGAUAACUCUGGAUGCUGACAGGAUUCAGUGCUUGUCCGGCUGUUUUUUUUUCCUAAAUCAGGAGGAAUCAUGCAGGCCUUUCUCAAAGGAGCCAGUUUUCCGACAAGCAGAGCCCAGAAGGAGAAGGCAACAGCAGGACCUAGUGCAGAGAAAAAAGCCAAGAUUGUUCCCUGGGUGGAAAAAUACAGACCCAAAUGUGUCGAUGAGGUGGCCUUCCAGGAUGAGGUCGUAGCAGUGCUCAGGAAGUCACUUGAAGGAGCAGAUCUGCCAAAUCUGCUCUUCUACGGCCCCCCUGGAACAGGGAAGACAUCCACCAUCUUGGCUGCUGCCAGAGAACUCUACGGUCCAGAGCUGUACCGCCAGAGGGUGCUGGAGCUGAAUGCCUCAGAUGAACGAGGCAUCCAGGUCAUCAGGGAGAAAGUCAAGAACUUCGCUCAGCUUACUGUGGCUGGGACUCGUCCAGAUGGGAAGUCGUGUCCUCCUUAUAAGAUCAUCAUCUUGGAUGAGGCCGACUCCAUGACAGCUCCAGCUCAAGCUGCUCUCAGACGCACAAUGGAGAAGGAGUCCCGCACCACUCGCUUCUGUCUCAUUUGUAACUAUAUUAGCAGGAUCAUUGAGCCUCUUACCUCCAGAUGUUCCAAGUUUCGUUUCAAACCUUUGGCCAAUCAGAUCCAAGAAGAACGCCUGCUAGAAAUAUGUGAGAAGGAGAAGCUCAAAUACACCAAAGAGAGCAUUGCAGCACUGGUGAAGGUGUCUGAGGGGGAUCUGAGGAAAGCCAUCACGUUUCUCCAGAGUGCAGCACGUCUCAACACGGACAAGGAAAUCAGUGAGCAAUCUAUCAUUCAGAUAGCAGGGGUGGUUCCUUCCAAGAUGAUUGAUCAUUUGCUCCAACUCUGCUUCAAAGGAACAUUUGAGAAGCUAGAAAUGGCUGUGAGGAACAUGGUGAAUGAAGGAUAUGCAGCCACACAGAUCCUGAAUCAGCUCCACGACUGCAUCUUGGAAAAGGACAUUACUGACAAGCAAAAGUCAGCCAUUGCAGAGAAGAUGGCAGUUGUGGGAAAGUGCCUUGCUGAUGGAGCUGAUGAGUACCUGCAGAUGUUAAGCUUGUGUUCAGUGAUCAUGCAGCAGGCUGCCCAAAACUAAAACUCCGCUAAGCAGCUUCUCCUUCCAGAAGGAAAACUGUUCAACCGGACCCAUUGUUGCUUUGAGUUGCCACUUCAGAUGUUGGACCAGAUUUACCACAUGAGAUGGUAAACGUUAUCAUCUGGCUCUGCGCUUGAGGAUGUUCAGUUGAGAAGACCGAUCACACACAGCAGUUUCCCAACACAUUAUUGUAAUAUUUUGAAAGUUAAUAAAUACAUUUUUUUUGGAAUCUGA